AACUGGUGUCUGGUCAGCGGAUUCAAAUGUAAAUGAUCUAUCAGCUAUUACUGUUUUAUAUUCAUCACAGAAUCAUAGUUGAGUUCAGACAAUAUAGCUUUAUCAAAGACUUUGUCACGCCUGGUGAAACAUCAUUAGUCAGGAAAACUAAACUAAAGGGAAUUUGCUGAAAAAAGUCAUGGAGAGUCCAAAAGGAGUAGAAGUUGAACUGGAGGAGAUCAACACGGCUGAAGAGAAUAAAGAGAGUCGGAAGACAAAAGAGGAGGAGGAAGGGAAUAUAUACACCACUCUGAGUCAACCAUCUGAGCCUAUAUAUGGGAUGCCCUCUUCAACUCGUUCCUAUACAGUCAAUGAAGAUACUCAACGGAAAGUUCGCGUUUACCGCAUCAUUUCAUUGGUGCUUUUUGCCGUCUGCGUCCUGUUGCUGAUUGUGGUCCUCGUGCUGUUUGUAAAGUUGAUUGGGAAGCAGUCAUGUCAGACUGCAGAUCCGACUGACACAGCCCUGCAGGAAUGCAACCUAAUGAAAUGCAAAGAUAUCUACCAACAGUCAUUGUUUCAUGAAAGCCAGUGUCCGUGCCGUCAUGAUUGUGACAAGGGCUGGUCGAAGUUCGAGAACUCUUGUUAUUUCUUGUCUAAAGACCGCCUCUCUUGGCAUGAAAGCAGAAAAGAGUGUCAGAGAAGGGGAGGAGAUCUUGCCAGCAUUACUAAUGAACGUUUGCAGGGGUAUCUGACUACAAAUGGGAAUAUGUACUAUUGGAUUGGCCUCAAUCAAGUGGGCACAAAUCAAUGGAUGUGGAAUAACAACACUGUAUUGACAGUGAGAUAUUGGGGUCAAAAGUUGUCUAGUGGGGAUUGUGCUCUCCUGGCUGCAAAUGAAGCACCUGAACGGAGCUGGCACCAAUCUAUCUGCACAUUGUAUUUACAGUACAUCUGUCAGAUAACCAGAACUUAAGAGUUGCUUACGUAUACCAGCGAUCUCAGAAAUUUCAUGAAUCACUUUUAUUAUCUUAAUGUCAGAACUCUCAACAAUACGAAUCUCCUUUUUUAAGAAGUCUUGGCAGAAUAAGUGAGAGUAAAGCAGGCAAACACAAUUAAUACAGCUUUUUUCCUCAUUUACAAUGUGCAUUACAUACAUCUAGCAAGUUUAUUAUGAUAUAGUUUAUUCAAUUAGAAUUGAAUACAUUUUAAUUAUACAGACAGUUUGAACAGAUCCCAUUGUAACUAAAUCUUUUCAUUGUACUAAAAUAAAUGUUAU